GAAUACAAUCAGCUGUUUGUAAUGACAGCUCUGACAAAUACAAAAUGGUUGAAAACUAAAGUUGGCAAACAAAGAAAGGCAGCGUAAUAUCGCGUUUUAACACGAAAAAACUGUAUUUUUUAAGUGAAAGUUAGUUAGUUUAGUGUGUAUUAAGUGUUUUGUGCACGAUGUUGGAUUUGGAAAUCGUCCCUGAGCGUUCCCUGGGCUGUGAUGCUUGGGAGUUCGUUCUAGGGAUGCAUUUCUCCCAAGCCGUCGCCAUCAUCCAGAGUCAAGUGGGCACAAUAAGAGGAGUACAAGUACUAUAUAGUGAUCAGAAUCCGUUAUCAGUGGAACUAGUAAUAAAUAUGCCACAGGACGGCGUGCGGUUAAUAUUCGAUCCGGUGGCGCAGCGGCUCAAGAUUAUAGAGAUAUACAAUAUGAAAUUAGUUAAACUUAGGUAUUGCGGCAUGUGUUUCAACUCGCCCGAGAUAACGCCAUCUAUCGAGCAAGUGGAGCACUGCUUCGGCGCGACGCAUCCCGGCCUGUACGACUCGCAGCGCCAUCUGUUCGCGUUGAACUUCAGGGGGUUGUCUUUUUACUUCCCUGUUGAUAGUAAAUUCGAGCCUGGCUACGCGCACGGGCUGGGCUCGCUACAGUUUCCUAACGGGGGCUCGCCAGUCGUCUCCCGGACCACUAUCUACUAUGGAUCUCAACACCAGGCCAGUAGCGCGGGCGAAACUUGCGCGGCGCCGCUGCCAGAACUGCCGCUGUCGUGCUACCGGCAGCAGCUGCACCUACGCCGCUGCCACGUGCUGCGCGCGGCCGGCGCCACGCAGGGCCUGCGCCUGCACAUGUUCACGCAAGGCACGAGCCGGGCGCUGGAGCCGGUGCAGGUGGCGGUGUGCCGCGUGCUGCGCUUCGGCGACAGCUGCCAGGCGGUCGCGCGCGCGCUGGGCGCCCCCGCGCGCCUCUACUACAAGGCGGACGACAAGAUGCGGAUCCACCGGCCGACCGCGCGCCGCCGCCCGCCGCCCGCGUCCGACUAUUUCUUCAACUACUUCACGCUUGGCCUGGACGUGCUAUUUGAUGCGUGUACGCACCAAGUGAAAAAGUUCGUGCUUCACACAAACUACCCGGGUCAUUACAAUUUCAAUAUGUACCACCGCUGCGAGUUUGAGCUCGCCGUGCAGCCCGACAAAUGCGACCCGAACUCCUUGGUGGACAACCGCGGCGUGGUGUCAGUCACGGCGUACAGCAAGUGGGAGGUGGUGUCGCGCGCGCUGCGCGUGUGCGCGCGCCCCGUCGUGCUCAACCGCGCCUCCUCCACCAACACCACCAACCCCUUCGGAUCCACCUUCUGUUAUGGCUACCAGGACAUGAUCUUUGAGGUGAUGUCGAACAACUACAUAGCGUCGAUAACUCUGUACCAGCCCGAGGGGACCCGGCCCCACUACGCGGUCAGCUCUAUCGCGUGACACGACCAGGUAUCUCCCAUCCAAGGUAAUUACGCGUCCUGAACAUGUCGGUUCUCAGCCCCCACGCAAAUCCUCCACUCGUGUGAUCACGACCACUACAUAUCCCAAACACCUAAAAGGAAACAGUAUUUCAAAUGAAUGUGAUAAAAACUGUGAAAAAAAAACUAAAAAAAGUGAGUGACAGAUCUCAAGGUGUGUAAUAAGCUUAAUUUAAUACCUUAGCUUCAAUGGACGGAAAAAAUAUAAUUUUUAAUUUUUAAACACCCUACGUUAAGUUGAAGUGGAAAGUGGACAGUUUUUUUAUUAUAAAUAAAAAAAAAUUAGUCAAAUGCGUUUUGUUUUAACAAUAGAAGUGGCGCGGUCGGAAUUUUAUUUGGCAUGUUAUUGUUUAUGUAAGUGUAUUUUUAGAAUCAUGACAUAAUAAAAGUAAACACUCAUCUUUAAGUUUAUUGAAUUAGAAAAAAAAACUUUGCGAGUGGAAUUUUAAUAUUUUUAUUUAUAUUAUAGCGUUUGCAUAUUUAAAAGUAUAUUUUUGUUGUUUAUUUAUAAAACACACAAUUAAAAUUUCGAUCGCACUGCACGACCCAUAUGAAAUAGAAAUAGACUGCUGUAAAUAUUUUUGAGAAAAAAAUUACGUAUGAAAAAAUUAAUUAAAAUAUUUUAAAAACUAAAAAAUCUAAAUUGAUGUAUUUUUUCUAAAAAUCUGAUAUUCGAAUGUAAAGUGACGUAUGUUAGGACGUGUGUCAGUUGAAACAGAUGUGUAAUGUAAUUUGAAACUGUAAGUAUGUAUUGCUAAAUAAUUAUUUAUAAGGGAUAUUCAAACAUUCGCAUUUUAAAAGCAAUAUUCGCUAAUGUAACAUACAAUAUACUGCCCUAUUUCCUAGGAUGUUAUCACUAUAUUCGUUUGUUUGAAUAUUACUUGGUAAUUUUGUUUUGGUUGUUCCGAAAGAAUCGAUGUACUCAAAAAUUAAAUGGUUUAUGCACAAAUUUCUAACUACAACACGGACUGUUCUUUACAUAAAUAAAAAAAGAUGCCACUUUUAAGCAGAUUCUUUAAAAAAUACGAGCGAUAUAUUCAUCGAUGUUGUACAAUGUAUCGCAACAGAACUUUUAACAACUUUACUAACAAUUCAAUUAAUUGUAUAAAUAUUUACACAUGACCUGACACAGUUUCUGUGCAUCUUUUGAAAUAUUUUGACACAUGUGACCAGCAUAAAAACAUGAUUGUAAAGAAUACCUAAGACUCUCCGUAUCUUUUCUAAAUACUUUACUGUAAAAAUGGUGUCAGUUUUUUCGAUGGUUUAAGUUAGACCAUCAAGCCAAUCGUACGUGCUGUAGUUAUAAAUAAAUAGCCAAUACCAAUUACUUCUUUUGGAUAUUACCUAAUAUUGUUAUUUAUUAUAGCGGACUCGUGUUUUCGAUACAAUGAAAACAUAUUGAUAUGUCUCACAGCAAUUGUAAUGGCAGCGUGGAUCAUAUACGUUCUUAAAGAUGUUUAUUGUUGAUUUUAUUUUCGAAUAAAACUUACAUAAGCCUGGCGUCCAUUUGAUCUUCGAUAUGAAUUGUUUCUGUACACUGACAUGCAUUUCGUUUUGCUCACAAAUAGGUACAUGCACCCUAUCUUUAUAAAAAUUAAAGACAGUCUAAAUCGUUUGAACUUGUUUCUCACUAAAACAAAAUCUAUAUUUCCCAGAAAGUUGAUUGUUAAAACAACAAUGUUUAUUUUGUGUAUUUAUGAAUUUAAGAGAGCGAAGCGAUACAAGUAGCUAUAUUCCGACACUAUAUUCAGCAAUGAACCCCAGGCUUUAAAUUAUAAUAUAACUAAGACAUUUUUUGAAAUUAAUAAGAAAAUUAGAAUAUCGUAUUGAGUCCACGCACUAUUGUCCUAGAAACAAAUUUGUUUUUGCUCAUACAAACUUGCUUUUCGAUUUAGUCCCACAUUUUACAGGUACCUAAAGAAUCGAAGAGCUAAGUCCGAUGUUUGAAAUUGUUAUAUUUAUGUAGCGGAACUGUUGAUAUUUAUAAUAAUAUGUAAUAUAAUAUUUAGCGCCGAACACAAUCGUUUUGUUAUAAACAACUUAUUAUAAUUUAUUUUACCUUUUUGUACGUUAAGCAACAGUGUGGUUAAUGAUAUGUAGCAAAUGUAAUUGAACUUAGAGAGUGGAUAAAUGCUUUUUAAAUGCUUGAAACAAAAAUUUAAAAAAUAUUUUCGUUAUAUGAAUGAAUGUUAAAUGUAAGCGUGUUUAAUACGAAAUUGACACUCAUAAAAUAAGUUCAGUCACAAAAUAAUUAUGUAGUCUUUUUUACUCUUGACUAUUUUAAUAUUAACUCUUUGGGAACGUUUUGACAGCUACCACUGUAGUGUUCAAGGGUCAUGUUUCAGUAGUCUAUCCAUUGACAGCUGUCAAAACGAAUCAAUGUACUUUACAUUGAAAAAUAAUAUAAAAUUCCAACUCUCAGACCUCUUUGAUUUUUAGCUUCUGAGCUGUUCAUUCUUAGUGCCAAUGUUGUGCGCGAAAUUGGAAUCUAUUAUGAAAAGCCUAAGUCUUGUUUUCGGAUAUAAUGAGCUUAAAGUAGGCUACAAGUAGGAGCCUGGUUGUGAUAAACUUCUGCUGUUAAGGCAAAUGACACUUAACGUUUGUGUAAUAAGAGUGUUGCUUGAUCGUUUGAACUGCUUUGGCUGUUGCGGACGCUAAGGCAGUUUGACAAUGUCAGACACAACUGUCAGUGUAGUUUUUUGACGAGAAACUAAAGUUGGGAUGUCAGCUACAGCCUGUCAUAUUUAUGUAAAUAAAUUCAAUAUCGUUUCGAAUAUUGUCUCCGAUACAAUAUUUUUAAUUUUAUUUAAAAAAAAUAUAGAAUAAAGUAAAUAAUUAAAUAUUUUUAUAUUCACUAAAGGACAAAGUUCUGAAACGUGUCACACAUGAGUUAAUGUCAUGUGAAACCUGAUGAAGUGAUGACCUAUUACGUCACAUACUGUCAGCAGCACAUCAGACUGUACAUUUUAUUUCAAAAUCGCAUAUGAUGUGCUGUUUAAAGUCAGCAAACGACAUUUUGUGACGUUGUAUGCCCCUGGGAGACUCUUGGAACUGUUGUCCUCAAUUAAAUUCCAAACGUACAAUCAAAUUACUGACAGUAAUUUUACGUCUAUUCCUUCAAAAAAGUUGAUUAAAAAACUAUUUCUCGCCUUAGACAGUUGUUGUCUGACAACACAUCGUACAGUACGUUUAUUUAUGCACAAUGUAGCCUUUUUCCACAGCGAGUGAGGUUUGAGACUACUGAGUCUGUUUGUGAGGGAAAAAACAAUAAAAAAAUUGAAUCCCCCAGCUCGCCAGUGGAAUUGGCGGGAAACACGUGUGUGAUUGUCUUAAAAUUAGUGGCUGUGGUGCCAUACAACAAAAAAAAGUUAAAAAUUCGACAAAUAAUACAAUAAAAAAAGUAUUAAUUGUAAGGUAGCGUAUGCUGCAACCUCGUUUUUGAGGUGCGAGUGUUUAUGCUGUUUUAAUUAUGUAUUGUUUUUUUAUGUAGUUAUAAUCUUUAUUUUAAUAAAAGCAUUAAUUUAAACAUGGUUUAAUUUGAACCAAAUCACUAAUCAUUUUAAAACGAACUAAUUACUUUAACCAGAUUAAAUGCAAUAAUGACGCAUGUACAAUGCGGUCGAAUUAGCUGCACACCUCGCUGGAAUACUACUCCCUCGUACCUGCACAUCUCCCCCGUUCGUCUAUGUGACGUCACGGCCGCCAGUUGCGCAGUUAACUCGACCGGGUUGUAAAAUAUUGUAACGGUAAUCGUAAAUUGAUUCGGAAUUAAUUUGUAAGUUAUUUUACCUGUAACGGCUUUGGGAUCAGCAUAAAGACUCGCACGUGCAAAAACGAGUUAUUUUUAUAACGAUAAUUAGCUUAUUUUUGUCUCACUGCGGCCUGUAAACGUCGCAGUAGUCACUUAAUUCAUAAUGUUUGUAUAUGUCAGCCUUGUUUAAAAUCAAAUAA